AAGUAUUUCGCCAACCACGAACAAAUUACUCAAACUCGAGCUAAGGCUUUUAGCUAUUAGUUGAUUUGUGACAGUGCAUGAAAAGUUGAAGAAAAUGUCUGCUUGCACCAUUCAGGUGGUAUUUUUUUGUCGAUUGUAUAGAAUCUAAAACAAAUUAUAGCAGUGGAAUACAGGAUUUUUUUUGUAACAUAAAGCUUGAUGCAGUGUCUUCGUUUUUUGGACUGGAUAUAGGAUAGGUGCACAUGAUUUUUUACGCUUAAAGGAAUCGUGAAACGUCAAUUCAAGUUGUGCGAGUAGUAUAAUUGUUUGGAUAUUAACGAGGUAACAUACGAUGACACUUCAGGACAGAUAAGAAACGUUUCAGCAGUGAUAAUAGUGUGUGUGCAAUAAUUUAAAAAAUAUAUUAAAGAUGUUUGCCAAUUUUGGGAUGAUACUGUUGUUAACCUACAGUUGCCGACUCAAUUGUCAUACGGAAGAACACCAACGUGAUUCCACACAGCCAAGUGUUAGAUAGGCGGGGGAUAACCUAGAGAAUGAUGUUUUGUACACGAAUUCGUAAACAAGUUGUUUUUGAUACGAGUGUGUGAAUAAUAGCAACAAAACGAUGAAUAAUGAGAAGUUGCAGCUUAAAGUGAAAUCUGUGAAACUAACAGCAAAAAAAAAACGUGAAAAUCAAAUCUCUAGUUGAAAAGUGCAUAAGAAAAAGCACCGUUUUUAGUGAACAAAAUUGCAGUGUGAAGAUAAAAGGCGCAAUGGGUUUAUCAUUUAAUUUUGACUUCUGGUCAAAUCCAGACGAUACAACGGAGGUGACAUUUUUCCUGCCAAAUGGAGUUCUAAUCAUUCUUAAGUACUCUAUUUAUGCUACACUACAAGAUCUCAAAGCGGAUGUGUGGGAAGAAGCAGAACGUUACCCAUUGUACUGUCACCUCGGUGAUAAGUCAAUGUACUUCUUCAGCACCUUAAGCAGCACAAAUAAUGACAACAGCUACGAACUGAACGAUGAAACUAAACGAUUGAUUGACGUACAGCCGGUGUUCGGCAUAUUUCGUUUUGUAGAAAAACAAGUUUCUGUGAAUAACAAGCUGAUAAACAACAUUACAACACUACUGGGUAAAACACUUUCGGAAAAGACGCUAAAGAACCCAGAAGUGAAUGACUUUCGAACGAAAAUGAGUUGUAUCGGAGAGGAGGUCGCCAACAAGCGGGCGCUCAUGAAUCGAAUGGAACGUAUAGCUUAUCAAUAUCCUCCAAAACUAGUCAACAGCGCGCAUAUCCCAGAAGUAGUGAAAAAGCGGAUAACGAAUGGGGAUUUUUGUGUUGUGGCAAAGAGCGCUGAUAUGCAGGUUACCGUCAAAAUUCCGUGCAAAGCAACACCUGAUGAAGUGAUAAAACGAAUUCUCGAGAAAAAACAAAUAUCCGCCAACACGCGGAACGAAAACAGUUCUGAUUUCAUUCUCAAAGUCUGCGGUAGAGAAGAGUACAUGUUUGGUGAUCACCCGAUUAUAAAUUUCCAAUAUGUGCAGGAUUCACUCUCACGCGAAGAAACACCUACAUUCGUGCCAAAAUUACUACGAAAUGUGGAAGUAUUCAAAGACAACAUCUACGAAAUUCCUGAAGACAUUACACAAAGAUCUAACAGUACCGGUAGUAAGCAUCCAUCGCAUACACUAAGAAAAGUUAAGUAUAUCACUAGUUGGGAUAUUGAAGAAGAGUUUCAGUGUACAGUUCAUGGUAUAGCAGAUCUUAAUUGCGACGUGAAUCGAAAUGUAGAAGUAGGAAUUCAGUUGGGAUUGUUCCAUGGUGGAAAAUCGCUAUGCAAGCCUAUGAAAACAAAACUAGUUUCUUUAAACAACGGUAAAGCUGUUUGGGAGGAAACUAUUGUGUUCGCUAUGAAGGUGAAAAAUGUUCCACGAAUGGCAAGGUUGUGCCUAGUGAUUUAUGAGAAUGUACGAACCGCGAAAGGAAUUGGUGUUCGACCGCGCCGAACGAAAGACGGUUUCAUGAACCCUAUUGCUUGGAUUAACACAAUGCUAUACGACUACAAACAUCAGUUGAAAGCGGGAGCAGUCACACUCUACACAUGGACGUACGCAGAAGAUUUACAAUCAGAAGACGUCCUUCAUCCUCUUGGUACGGUAGAACCUAACCCGCGACGAGAUGAAUGUUCCUCCAUCAUUCUAAGUUUUCACAACUAUAACGAGGAAAACAAAAUCAUAGUAUAUCCCUCGGAAGAUCAACUUCUUGAUCACGCGACCAAGAUGAGACGAAUAAACAGGAAUCUAAAUCGUGAUAGUGCCGAGGAGGUACGGCCAAUCAAAGAAAUUCUUAUGCAGUACAUGCACAACGAGCGGCUCAACGAUAUUCAUGAACAGGAUCGUAAUGCAAUUUGGGCGAAACGACGAGAGUGUAUGAUGCUUGAGCCAGAUGGAUUACCAUGUUUAUUGUACUGUGUUGAAUGGAAUAAUCGAAAUGAGGUAGCCGAAAUUACGUCGCUUUUACAAGAGUGGCCCUUACUACCCGUGGAACGGGCGCUCGAAUUGCUAGAUUAUGCGUACGCUGAUCAGUAUGUCCGACGUUAUGCCGUUAAAUGUCUGCGCACGAUACAAGACAGUGAAUUACUGCUUUAUCUGUUGCAAUUGGUGCAAGCGAUGAAGCACGAGUCUUAUCUAUAUUGUGAUCUAGUUGACUUUCUAUUAUCGCGGUCCCGUAACAAUCAACACAUCGGACAUUUUUUCUUUUGGCAUUUGCGGUCGGAGAUUCAGGUUCCUUCUGUUCAAGUUCGUUUUGGAUUAAUCUUAGAGGCAUACUUGAAAGGUAGUCAAGAACAUGUAGCGAUUCUGCUGAAACAAAUGCAAUGCCUGCGGAAACUGCAACAAAGCUCAGAGCUGGUAAAAAAAGGUAGUAAAGAGAAGGGAAAAUCGCUAUUGAUAGAAUACUUACAAGAAAGGUCGGUUGCUGAAGCAUUGUCCGAUGUUAUAAGUCCACUGAAUCCAAGUUUUCGGUGCAAAGCUGUACGAUCUGAAAAGUGUAAGGUGAUGGAUUCGAAAAUGCGACCUUUAUGGAUUGUAUACCAAAACUUUGAUAUCAACGGAGAUGAUAUAAAUAUGAUUUUCAAAAACGGUGAUGAUCUUCGUCAAGAUAUGCUUACGUUGCAGAUGUUGCGAAUUAUGGAUCGAAUUUGGAAAAGUCAUGGGUACGAUUUUCGUAUGAAUCCAUAUAGUUGCAUAAGCACAGAUCGACGAUUAGGAAUUAUCGAAGUAGUGCUAAAUGCUGAAACCAUUGCAAAUAUUCAGAAAGAAAAAGGUAUGUUCUCAGCUACAUCUCCCUUCAAAAAAGGAUCUCUACUAGCGUGGCUAAAGGAACAUAAUACAACUGAAGAAAUGCAAGCAAAAGCGGUUCAAGAAUUUACACUAAGUUGUGCUGGAUAUUGUGUUGCAACGUAUGUGCUUGGGGUGGCUGAUCGGCAUUCAGAUAACAUUAUGGUGAAAAAGACUGGUCAGUUGUUUCAUAUUGACUUUGGACACAUCCUAGGUCAUUUCAAGGAGAAGUUUGGUUUUCGCCGAGAACGAGUACCAUUCGUACUGACACACGAUUUUGUGUAUGUAAUCAACAAGGGCCGUACCGAUCGAGAAGCGCAAGAAUUCAGACAGUUCCAGCAUCUUUGCGAAGAAGCAUUUUUAAUUUUAAGAAAGCACGGAUGCUUAAUUUUAUCACUUUUUGCCAUGAUGAUCUCUACUGGGCUACCAGAACUAUCGUCCGAAAAGGAUUUAAAUUAUUUGCGUGAAACUCUGGUACUCGAUAGGCCAGAAUCUGAAGCACGUGAACAUUUCAGAUCAAAGUUCAGCGAAGCGUUAGCGAACUCCUGGAAAACAUCACUUAAUUGGGCAUCGCAUAAUUUUUCUAAAAACAACAAACAGUGACAGUUUCGUUACAAUCUUACUAUAUAAAAAUUGGCGCAAUGUGUUCUAAAAUGCACUGUUAAAUCAUACGUUACUGAGCAUUGGACCAUCCAGUGGUCAAUCUGUUAAAAUCACGUGGAUGGCAUCUUGAUUGCAAAGUCGCCAACUGAAAGCUUUCAUUUUCAGUCUCAUUUGCGUGAAUAUGUGAAAUCUCGCAUUUUGUUGCUCAUAUCUCGUUUGCCUCGACUAAUCGCCAGGUUGCGAACAUUGAACACUAGCGCAAGCAGGGCUACCUAGUUGUUUUACCACUAAUAUUAUUGCUCUUUUAUGACACUCGUUAUACCUGUCUGAAAAUAUGUAUAGAUAUAUGAUAAAAUAGCCAAUAUUUAAAUACAAAUAUUCAGACUUAUACCCGUUUAGUGUGCUCCUAAAUCAUUAACGAGUCGAAGAAAAGCGCGAAUAGAAUAAGUAGGUUGCUGAUUUUUUGUAGCUGGUAUUAGGAUUUUCAAAUUUUAAUUUUGUAUAGUUAGUUUAUUAUGUUUAAAAAAGGAGAGAGAUAAACAUCGUGCAUUAGUAAAUCAUAGCUACUUUUUCAUUGGGGUGGAGCGGUUAGAAGUUUUGAAUAAAUUAUCCCCACAAUAGAUAUUAAAUCAAAUAACAUUGUAAUAACUUAAUAACAGCGAUGCAAGGACUGAUAAAAACGCAUACGUAUAUUUAUUUUCUUGCAAGUGCUGAAUAAAUAAUGAAGGUAAAUUAAAUUGAAUUCAGUCUUACUAGCAAAUUGAGUGUCACAAUUUAACUAGUAAUGAAUUUAAACCUUAGCAGUAAUUUAAAGAAAUCUUACUUUGGCCUAUUAGCACAGUAUCUUUAGAAAAUAUAUAAACAGAUAUUGGCGAAACGCAGUAUAUCUUAUAUUACCAUAUUUCGCUCUAUUGAAAAUAGUAAACAACUCUUAUCGAAGAAUUCGAAUAA